AUGUCACAAGAAGUAGAACAAGAGGAAGAAAAUGUCCUUAUCCUCCUCCUCUUGGAGAAGUUGGAGGUGUUUGACAACUAUGCUGUGACAGUGAUGAUUGGUGGAGAGGCGUACACUCUGGGAAUGUUUAACACUGCAAGUCAGGAAGAUUAUGACAGACUGCGACCCCUCAGCUACCCUCAGACUGACGUCUUCCUUGUUUGUUUCUCUGUCGUAUCACCGUCAUCUUUCCAGAACUGGGUGCCAGAGAUUUCACACCACUGCCCGGGGACGCCCUUCCUGUUGGUCGGGACUCAGGUGCAUUUAAGAGAUGACAGCGACACCCUGGAGAAGCUGGCCCAGAGAAACCAACACGCUGUGACCUUCACGAGUGGAGAGGAAGUGGCUCGUAAGCUGAAGGCAGUCAAAUACGUGGAGUGUUCAGCUGAGACACAGGUUUACUUUCUUUUUCUUUCUGUUUCCUCACUCCUUGCCUUCUGUCCCCCCCCCCCCCAGUCGUUUGCUACCUGUGUGAAGACAGUGAGGAUCAAUGACGAGAAGUACAGUCUGCAACUGUGUGACACUUCAGGUCAGGAGAGCUACAAAAACAUACGACUCAACACGUACACUGGCACCGACGUCUUCCUUGUCUGUUUCUCUGUCGUAUCGCCCUCUACCUUUGAGAACGUCACAGACAAGUGGGUGCCAGAGAUUUUACGCUUCUCUCCAAAGACGCCAUUCCUGCUGGUUGGGACUCAGGUGGAUCUGAGAGAUAACAAGAACACCCUGGAACAAGCCCUGACCUUUGAGAGUGGCGAGGAACUGGCUCAUGAGCUGAAGGCCGUUAAAUACAUGGAGUGUUCGGCUCGGUCUCAGGAAGGAGUGAAGGAGGUGUUUGAAGAGGCCAUCCUGGCAGCUCGAAAUGCUACAGAUAAAAAAUCCACUUACUUCUGUGUUCUGCUAUAAACGUAAAAGGAGAAGGAGAAGAGGAAAAGAGGGUUUAGGAGGAAGAAAGGGAGGUGGACCCGGAAUCAUUCGCCCAUAUGGGAACAGAGUGUUCAGCCAUAAUGGCAUAGGCUGUGAAUCGACAUCGUAAUUUAUUAAUUAAUUCUAAAUUAAAAAUGUUUUACAUUUUAAAAUAGAUGUGUGGGGGGUUUAAGUUAGGAAGAGAAUUAAACAGUUUUACAGCAGUAAUCUUUUGCCUGCUAUGGACCGUUUUCCCUCCGUUUGGGAUGGAGGCUGCACAGCAUCCUGGUGAGGCCGAAGCAUUGCUGCUUUUCUGGAUACUGUGACAAUGUUGAACUGUGCUAAACUUUCACAUCUCUAAAACAAUUUAAUAGGUAAUAUAUUUAUUUACUUGUUUAUUUCAUAUAUAAAUGAUGAUAUUUUUAGUUGGCUGUUUACUAUUUUUGAUUGUUAGUCAGAGAACUGAGUAA